GAAGCAACAAUUUACAUGUUGCCCCACGAGGAAAUAUUCGAGAUUUUGUGGAACAGCAUGGUGGGCAUACCGUUAUAACGAAAAUUUUAAUAGCAAACAAUGGCAUUGCUGCCGUGAAGGAGAUUCGUUCCAUAAGGAAAUGGGCUUAUGAAACAUUCGGCGAUGAACGAGCGAUUCAGUUCACUGUCAUGGCCACUCCCGAAGAUUUGAAGAUCAACGCAGAAUACAUAAGGAUGGCUGACCAGUAUAUUGAAGUUCCCGGUGGUUCUAAUAACAAUAACUACGCGAACGUUUCUUUGAUCGUUGACAUAGCCGAACGGACAGGUGUACAUGCUGUGUGGGCAGGAUGGGGACACGCUUCGGAGAAUCCAAAAUUGCCUGAAUCACUCGCACAAAGUAAAAGCAAGAUUGUAUUUAUAGGACCACCCGGAUUUGCAAUGCGCUCCCUCGGCGAUAAAAUCUCCUCGACCAUUGUGGCUCAGUCGGCGGAGGUACCGACAAUGAACUGGAGUGGAAGUGGCAUCACUCAGACUGAUGUUGAUCAGCAUGGUCAUGUGAUCGUACCGAUGCAUGUUUACAAAAAAGCAUGCGUUGAAGAUGUUGAAGAUGGCUUAAACAAGGCAAAUGCUAUUGGAUUCCCGGUGAUGAUAAAGGCCUCUGAGGGAGGUGGUGGUAAAGGAAUACGUAAAGUUGAGAAUCCCGAAAAUUUUAGGCAGUCUUUCGCUCAAGUACAAGGUGAAGUACCUGGAUCCCCGAUAUUCAUUAUGAAACUCGCGAAUAAUGCGCGUCACCUCGAAGUACAAGUUCUUGCAGAUCAAUACGGUAACGCUAUCUCACUGUUUGGCAGAGAUUGUUCUGUGCAAAGACGGCAUCAAAAAAUAAUAGAAGAGGCACCGGUAACUAUUGCAACCAACGAAACAUUCGAGUCCAUGGAAAAAGCUGCGGUGCGACUGACCAAACUUGUUGGUUACGUUAGCGCUGGAACUGUUGAAUAUUUAUUUAAUAAUGAGGAGAAUUCAUUCUUCUUCCUGGAAUUAAAUCCACGAUUGCAAGUGGAACAUCCUACCACUGAGAUGGUUUCCGGUGUGAACUUGCCUGCAGCUCAGUUGCAGAUUGCUAUGGGCAUUCCGCUCCAUAGGAUUCGAGAUAUUAGAAUUCUCUACGGGUUAGCCCCCCAUGGAGCUUCGGAGAUUGAUUUUGACUUUUCUGACCCAGAGUCGCUGCAAACACAAAGGAAACCCGCACCAAAGGGGCACGUGAUUGCAGUAAGGAUUACUGCCGAAAAUCCUGAUGCCGGAUUCAAACCGAGCAGUGGAAUGAUGCAUGAACUUAAUUUUCGAAGCAGUACAAAUGUGUGGGGUUACUUUUCUGUCAAUUCUGCUGGUGGUCUUCACGAAUUUGCCGACUCUCAAUUCGGUCACAUUUUUGCUUACGGAGAAAAUCGUCAGCAAUCUCGCAAGAAUAUAAUCAUCGCGCUCAAAGAACUUUCUAUCAGAGGUGAUUUUCGUACAACCGUUGAAUACCUAAUUAAAUUACUCGAAACGAAAGCAUUUGAAGAGAACAGUAUUACCACUGGUUGGUUGGACAUGUUAAUUUCUGAGGUGAAUCUGACUGCCGAGCGACCUGAAAAAAUGUUGGCCAUUAUUUGUGGUGCUGUCACCAAAGCUUACACCUCCUCCCAAGAAUCCAUUGCCGAGUAUAGACGAUGUCUGGAAAAAGGUCAGAUACCAGGAAAAGAUAUUUUAAAAACGGUGUUUGCCAUUGACUUUAUCUACGAUGGAAUCCGUUAUAAAUUCACGGCGACUCGUUCGGCUCCUCAUUCUUUCAUGCUUUACCUAAAUGGAUCAAAAGCGCAAGUGUCUGUCCGUGCGCUUUCUGAUGGUGGCCUUUUGGUACUUCUGGACGGGAAGAGUCAUACAUGUUAUUAUCGAGAGGAAGUUCAGGGAACUCGUUUGAUGAUUAAUGGAAAGACUUGCUUACUAGAACAUGAAAAUGAUCCAACGCAGCUUCGUUCCCCAUCCCCCGGAAAACUGGUUAGAUUCUUGGUGGAAUCUGGUGACCAUGUGAAUGGUGGUGAUGCAUAUGCGGAAAUCGAGGUCAUGAAAAUGUUCAUGCCCCUGAUUGCCACGGAAGAUGGUAUCGUCCAAUUCAUCAAACAAGCCAAUACGACACUUGAGGCAGGUGACAUAAUAGGAAUUCUUACACUUGAUGAUCCUGGUCGAGUGCGUCAUGCAAUAGCCUUCGACGGGCAGCUUCCAACGAUGAAUCCUCCGGUUAUAAUAGGAGACAAAGCUCAUCAGAGGUAUUGUGAAGUCAGGAAUAUUCUAGAGUGCAUAUUGGAUGGUUACGACAAUCAAGCUGUAUUACAAAGUAGCGUCAAAGAGAUGAUUGAACUUUUGAAGAAUCAAGAGCUUCCUUAUUUGGAGUUCUACUCGGUGUUCUCCGCGCUUUUGGGGAGAAUACCACAUAAACUAGAGUCCGAGAUUCAAAGAAUCUAUACCGAGAGUGAAAUGAAAAUGCAAGAGUUUCCUGCUAAACAGCUUUAUGAUUUGAUAGAAAAUUAUUCCAAGGAUCACGUGGAUUCCAGUGAAAUUACUAGUUUUAAUGCAUCAAUAAGCCCGCUGACAGAGAUUAUAAAUAAAUAUGUAUCCGGAUUGAAGUUCCGUAAAUGGUCAGAUAUUAUAUAUUUCUUGAAUAAAUAUCAUGAGGUUGAGGUGCUGUUUUCGAAUUCAGAAAGACGUGAGGAGGAAGUAGUUCACUCAUUGCGCGAGAAAUAUAAAGAGGAUCUGGACAAGGUGAUUAGUAUAGUGCUAUCGCAUUCCAAAGUUGGUGCCAAAAACAACCUUGUUUUACUCCUGCUGGAUCAGAUUAAACCUGAAAACGUUGGCCAAGCGCUCGACAAGUUUUUUUCUCAGGUAUUAAAAAAGCUGGCUGAACUCAACGGACGAUUUACCACAAAGGUUUCAUUGAAAGCACGGGAACUCUUGAUUCAUUGCCAUCUUCCCUCGUACGAGGAAAGGUACGCCCAAAUGGAGCAAAUCCUCAGAGCAGCGGUCAUAAAGAAUCACUAUGGCGACGAUGGAUAUGAUUAUCAUACGCCGAGUUAUGACACUCUCAAAGAAUUGAUUGAUACACGGUUUUCGGUCUUUGACGUUUUGCCGAAUUUUUUUUAUCACCAAGACAGUUGGAUUUGUCUUGCCGCAUUAGAAGUUUAUGCGAGGCGUGCCUAUCGCGCUUACCAACUUUUUGACGUGGAAUAUCAUACCGAAGAGAUUCCGUUCAUGGUCACAUGGAAUUUCUUGUUGCAUAGUACCAUGACCAAUAAUCCUCCGAUACAAACAUCAUUAAUGAGAUCUUCGUCCUUUAGCAUGAGGAGAUCGGGUUCCGUGUCAGAUUUAAGCUACUUGGUUCCUUGCACCGAGAACGAGCCUGUUCGUGUUGGUGCCAUGAUCGCUUGCCAAUCUAAUGAAGAAAUUGAAAAGCACUUGGCUAGAAUUUUGAGCGUGUUUCCCAAAUCGACACCAAACCGAGAUCAUUCACAGGAUUACUCUGAUAGUAACGUUAAUAAUGUUAUUAACAUAGCUCUAAAAUUAGGUAACGAUCCGAUAGAUGAUGAAAUUCUAAAACGAGAUAUACAACCUAUCAUACAACGACACUCCGCUGAACUACGUGAGCAUGAGAUCAGGCGUCUUACCGUAGUGCUUUUUCGAAAGGGUCAGUAUCCUGGGUACUUUACUUUUCGCGAAGCAACCAACUACCUCGAGGAUCAAACAAUACGUCACAUUGAACCAGCCAUGGCUUAUCAGCUGGAACUCCCAAGGUUGUCGAAUUUCGACAUCAAACCUUGUUUCACCGGAAAUAGACAGGUUCACGUGUAUUUCGCGGUAGGAAAAGAAAAUUCAUCGGAUUGUAGGUUCUUCAUUCGAGCCUUGGUUCGUCCUGGGAGGUUACACAGCAAUGUUCGUACUGCAGACUAUCUUAUCUCAGAAUCCGACAGACUUCUGAACGAAAUCUUGGAUACUCUUGAGAUUGUCAGCUCGGAACACAAGAAUUCCGAUUGUAAUCAUUUAUUUAUAAAUUAUAUUCCAACGUUUGUAUUGGAACCACAUCAAGUAGAGGAGGCGGUCAAAGGCUUUAUAGAUAGACAUGGAAAGAGAUUAUGGAGAUUGCGUGUUACAGGUGCCGAAGUUAGAUUCAAAGUGGAAGACCCUGUCCAUGGCAAUCGUUAUCCUUUGAGGGUGAUAAUUAAUAACGUGUCUGGUUAUGUGGUGAAAGUCGAGACAUACCAAGAAGUGAAAACUGAACGAGAUAAUAUCAUUCUCAAGUCAAUUGGAAGAGCGGGAUCGAUGCACCUCCAACCAAUUCAUACACCUUAUCCGACCAAGGAAUGGCUUCAGCCAAAACGUUACAAGGCACACUUGUUAGGUACCACGUAUGUCUACGAUUUUCCCGAAUUAUUCCGCCAGGCUAUUCGAAUUCAGUGGAAUAGAGCUUCGCAUUACAAUCCGAAACUUAAGUGUCCAAAUGACGUAUUGGAGGCUAAGGAGCUUGUUUUGGAUGAGAAAGACAAAUUGCAGGAGGUUGAUCGAGCCCCCGGAACUAAUACAUGCGGUAUGGUUGCCUGGAUAUUAAAACUCUUCACUCCGGAGUAUCCCGAAGGUCGUAGAAUAGUCGUCAUCGCAAAUGACAUUACAUUUCAGAUCGGCUCGUUUGGACCAACUGAAGAUCAGUUUUUUGCCAAGGCAACCGAACUUGCUAGAAGAUUAGGUAUUCCAAGAGUAUAUCUCUCCGCCAAUUCCGGUGCUAGAAUAGGUCUGGCCGAAGAAAUUAUUGACCACUUUAAGGUUUCGUGGGUGAAUAAGGAAGAUCCGACAAAGGGGAUUAAAUAUCUCUAUCUGGAUUCAGAUAUCUAUAAGCAAUUAAGCCAGAAAGGUCGAGAAUCGGUGAUUGCUGAGGAGAUAAUAGAAAACGGAGAAUUAAGACACAAAAUUACUGACAUUAUUGGUGUCAAUGAUGGACUUGGGGUGGAAUCCCUAAAGGGUUCUGGGUUGAUAGCCGGGAUAACAUCACGUGCAUACGAGGAGAUUUUCACAAUCACUUUGGUGACAUGUCGCUCUGUAGGUAUCGGGGCAUACCUUGUUCGUCUGGGACAACGUACAAUCCAGAAUGAGGGUCAACCGAUUAUACUCACCGGUGCACCAGCAUUAAACAAAGUGCUAGGUCGAGAGGUGUACUCAUCAAAUCUCCAACUCGGAGGUACCCAAAUAAUGUAUAGAAAUGGGGUCUCUCAUCUCACAGCUCAAAAUGACCUCGAAGGCAUCACGAAGAUCAUUCAAUGGCUUUCGUAUAUACCGUCAUCUCAAAAUGCACAGGUACCUCUAUUCACCACCUCAGACUCCUGGGAUAGAGAUAUUGACUAUAUGCCACCUAAAGCUCCAUAUGAUCCGCGAUGGCUGAUUACAGGGAAAUUGGAAAAUGAGAAUGAUACUAACAGAUGGAUUAGCGGAUUUUUUGACCGUGGAUCUUUUGUUGAAACAUUAGCCGGAUGGGCAAGGACAGUGGUGGUCGGUCGUGCUCGACUUGGGGGUGUUCCUAUGGGAGUGAUAGCUGUGGAGACGCGUACCGUGGAACAUAUAGUUCCUGCAGAUCCAGCCAAUGCUGAAUCUCACCAAGAAGUUAUGGUAGAAGCAGGACAGGUGUGGUAUCCAAAUUCCGCUUACAAAACUGCACAAGCAAUUAACGACUUCAACAAGGGUGAGCAACUGCCGCUAAUGAUUUUUGCAAAUUGGCGAGGAUUCUCUGGAGGGCAACGUGACAUGUUCCUUGAAGUGUUGAAAUACGGUUCUUACAUAGUUGAUGGGCUUGCAAAUUACAAGCAACCGGUAUUUGUUUACAUCGUACCAAAUGGGGAACUUCGUGGAGGAGCUUGGGUGGUGAUAGAACCGUCUAUUAACGAAGACAUGAUGGAAAUGUAUGCAGACAUCAAAUCUAGAGCAGGUGUUUUAGAGUCGGAGGGGGUAGUUGAGAUCAAGUACCGCAGACCCCGAAUACUUGAAACAAUGGAACGCCUGGAUGAAACUUAUCGGAAUCUCAAAAAGUCCUUGGAAGAUCCAUCAAUUUCCGAGACACAGAAACUCGAAAUUAAAUUACACCUAGAAGCACGUGAACAAGAAUUACUUCCGGUCUAUUCACAAAUCGCACUUCAAUUCGCCGAUCUACAUGAUACCCCUGGAAGGAUGAAGGCGAAGAACACGAUACGCAAGGUAUUAGAAUGGAAGAAUGCGAGAAGAUACUUUUAUUGGCGUGUGAGAAGACGCCUACAUGAGGAAUAUAUGUUUAGAAAGAUGCGUGAGGCUGAUUCUCAUCUCACAAGAGUUCAGAUGAAAGCUUUAUUGGUUGAAUGGUUUCAUAAUGACAUAGGAACAGAAUAUGAUUGGGAAGAAUCGGAUGCGGAAAUUGUAAAAUGGUUUGAUGAAAUGAUUGGCGUCGAGUCAAACGACGAUAACAUUGGUGAAAAUGACGAUAAUUCGGGAUCUCAUAAGGCGCCGUCGCCAAUUAAAUCGAGGAUUGAAGAGAUAAGGAAUAGGGCAAUCUCACAACAGAUCGUGAGCAUCGGAAAAGAAAAUUAUGGUGCAGUUUUUGAAGGGUUAUCUGAGCUCUUUAAGGGCUUGAACGAUGACGAAAGGAAUGAUCUUUUGAAAAAACUAUCCAAAGAUACCAUAAUAUAA